CAAAAUGCCUCGAGAGAAAAAGAUCCUUUCUGGAUGAGAAAAAGAUCCUUGUUGUGAUGAUCCGUUUUCCGUUUCCCCUGCCUUUACGUACUUUUUGUUCUAACAAGCUUUUUCAAUGUAGUCUUUACUUUUGCGUUUGUGUUUGGUUCAAGAAGUGAUAAGCGAGCAACACGAGCUACUAGUCCAAUCUUUCGCCUGCCGAAAGAAUUCCCUCUUUUACUGGACACGGGUUACCGGAUACCGGUUCACAUGACGCAGCGGACGGAGACAGGUUUGCCGCAGCGCCCCAUCCGGUGUUUCAUGAAUGGUUGCUUCGACCUGCUGCACUUUGGCCACAUAAACGCGCUGCGACAGGUGCGCCAGUAUCGGCUUGAGGACUUGUACGAAGUAGAGACAACUCGACGAAGGUCUUCUUCCCCAGAACACAAAACGGCGGCGCGGAACAAUUCGACACAAGGAAGACAAAAUAGUGCGUUUCCAUAUCAAGAAAAUGACUUGUACACUACAACACCACCAGGAGGAGCGCUACCUCCAGCGACUUUCGGAACAGCGGCCGUUGUCAAUGAUACGUCCUCGGAGGAUCUGGUACCCUUCGUGGCGCCAGAUUCCAGUUCGUCCGAAGAAAUUUUAUCGAAAUCCACGAUCGAGACGGAGCGAGAGCGGCACAACGAGCUUCAGAGGUGCGGCGGAACUACAUCAAAGAGCGGAAUGUUGGAACGAGGGAGAAAUGAAGUAAACCUGCGGCCACAUUAUCCCUCAAAUAACUCAAUGAACCUGCCGGCCGUUUCGGCAGCAGGUAUCAAGAGGAACAAGAUCCACGUAAUCGCCGGCAUCCACAGCAAUGAGGAAAUUCGGCGCGUCAAGGGCGGGGCCUUUCUGAGCAGUGAGGAGGAAAAGGAACGACUCCUCCGGGCCUGUCGCUUCGUAGACGAAGUGGUGCUGGACGUUCCGUACGGGGUCAUUCUGCCGGAAAAGUACGAUGCGGACUUCGUGAUGCACGGCGACGACGAGAUCAAGCUUCCGGACGGCCGGGAUAUGUACUGUGAGGUGAAAGCCGCGGACAAAUUCCGCUACAUUCGCCGCACCGAGGGCAUUUCGACGACGUUGAUGGUGGAACGGUUUCUUCAGGAUGCUGGUGGGCAUCUACAACUUCAUGGCGACACGAUGAACGGGCAUAGUGCUGCUGUGGAUGUUGUUGGUCACAGCGGUAAAAACGCAUCUCCUUCACUUGUGGAGACCGGCGCCGCAGCUGCACAAGCAACUGAGCAAGGAGAAGCAGAUGGGUGGUCCCCCCCCUGCCAAGAUACGACUAGAGUUGCAAGGAGUCCGGCUUCGCCGAAGGGUGGAGCAGGUGGGUCUAGCAGUCGCGUGCUCGACGCCUUUCGAGUGGCGCAGCAUCGCGCGUCGUCGCAAUCGCAAUCUCCAGUGGGGGGAAAGGAGCGUUCCGUCGUGGCGAUGAACAGUGCGCCUGUAGUAGUGCAGGACAUCAUGCUAGCCAGUGCGACGCGCAUCGCGCGUUUCGUGGCCGCAGUGCAGGAAGAGGUGGAGGAACAGCAAAGUACUGAGAAGCUGGUGCGGCAACCGGCGGGAAUUUUCCAGCGGGUAGUGGUCUACGUCCAGGGGUACUGGGAUCUGUUGCACGUGGGCUACCUCGACAUUUUGGAAGAAAUUUACCGAAGGGAAGCGGGAAGGACGGUCUACCUGAUUUGCGGAGUCAACAGCGAGGAUGUUGGUCUUCAAACGGAAGGAGAUCUUGCAGACACGGCAUGUCGACGACGCGCCCCCUGUUUCCAAACGGUACACGAGCGAGGGCUAGCGCUUCUUGCGCUUCGCCACGUCAGCGACGUUGUGUUUGGCACGCUUUCGCGGGGCAACUACUGCUCUGAGGGGUUUCGCCGCAGUCUCGGGAUCGACGUUGUUUACCAGGUGUCGAAUCACUGGGAUUUCGUUUGCGACGAAGGUACCGUAGCAGACGAGAACUACGCCAACUCUGCUGCAACUGAAAGUGAUGCUGACGGUGGUGAGGCAGUAAGCGACACAUCGGGAAAUGAUGGCCAGUCGCGACAUAAGCAGACCAGUACUGGUCACAUCAAAACCAUCAACGGCAAGGGAAUUUUGAGUAGCAAAGACAUCGUAGAGCGCUUCGCACGGAACAGGACAGAUUUUCUAAAGCGCAAUACUGUGAAGCGCGAGCCAGAAAUGGCGAAGCAUGGCGAAAAAACUGUUUCUGCUGCGUAAGUACGCAAUAUCGGAAACGCAUUCAUUUUUGGAUUGAAUCAUGGAAGCUUCGC